AUGAAAGCCACCUACUGGGAAAGCGAAUCGAUUGCGGAGAAACGUGCAAGACGAGAGAAAGAAGCUAUCACAGAUGAUGAAGACAUGGCUAGAAAUCUCGGCCAGUCAGCGUUUCCGUUCGCGGGCGCAAAAAAUUUUCCACGCAUGUGCGUGACACGUUCGCGUGACUUGUAGUAAACAUAAAAAUCAACGUCUUUUUACAAAGAGUUGAAUAACUUGAGCACAGCUGAUUUUUAUGAAUAUUCAACGAGGAUCAAUAUUAAAAGAAAGGCCGUAAAGUCAUCGCGUGAGUUGUUCGAGGUCGAGCGGGUAAUUUCGCGAAGAAAUCGACGAGGAAAGGUAAAUUUAUACGUUUGUAAAUUUAUAUGCUUCUGUUCACUAACUAUACUCCCAUAUUUCGUCGGCAAUCUCUGGUGACAAAUGUGUUUUAUCAAAUAUAUAAACGCUCGAAUAUAUUGAUAUUGUAUUACAGGUAGAUUAUUAUGUAAAAUGGAAAAAUUAUUCCAGCCUGGAAAACACUUGGGAGCCAGAGGAGAACCUGAAUGCUGCUGCAAUAAGGUAACAUUGAUUUGUUUUAAAGUUUAUUAACUUUAGCUGUUAGCACGACUAUAAACAUUGUAGGCAAAUAAGAAUUUGUUGUUUUUAUAUAGACUAGCUUUGUGCUAGUUAGACUGUUGGUUAAGCUCAACCUCAUCCCCAUGGUCUUUCUUCUUGAAAGGGAUGCAUGUAUUCUUAAAAUGUAUUUAAUAUUUUGUCUUUCACUUCAGAGCUUUUGAAAACCCAGCAACGGCAGAGGAUAUGAUUCAGGAUGCAAGGGAUUCUUUGGCAUGCGCGCGGCAUCCUGGAACAACUGAAAUCAAAAA